AUGGCGGUGACGCAGCACGAUGGUGCGGCUGCUUCUACGCGGCCCGCCACCUCUUUGCGGGUUUUGGAGCUUAGCGAUGAAUUUGUGAAGCUCCUCGGCGUGGAGCGCGAUGCUGCAGAGUCCCUUCAGAUUGUCUUUGCGGCGCGGUGCAGGCAACUGCUGCCCGUUCGAAGGGGCACGCACGACGACCGUAACAAGGGGACGAAUGAGAAGUUUUCGACACGUGUUGCCUCGCGUGUAGUGCUACUGACAGGUAGCGGCACGCUUUUUGUGCUGAAGAAUCGUCUUGCCAACGGCUGUCGGAUGAUGGAGCGCCUGGAGUUUGGUGCGCAUCUUCAUCCACACGAUAGGCAGGCAAGGAGGAGAGGGCAGAUGACACGCCGGCAACGCAAAACACACAGCGACGAGGAUGAGGAUGAUGAGGCAUUUCAUUUUUUCGGAUACGGUUCCACGCACAGGGGAUGGCCGUUGGUGCGCAUAGACGUCAAUGUGGAUGAGAAGCCUAUUAGGGGGAUGCAGUCCAUCUGCAUCACGGGCUGGGCACACAGAUCAAGGAAAUGGGUCCCGCAAACAGCAGGGCCUUUUUCUCCUGGUGCCGGUCAAACCGUAAGGAGCCCGAAGACUGGCUCCUCUGCUACCGCUGCUGCUGCUGUUGGUGGUGGGGCAACGUCAUUAUCGAGCCCGUCGUCUUUGGCGAGACGACAUGAAAGGGAAGGAAAGGGGAAGAAUAGUUGCAACACGAUGAAGGUGCGUUUUGUGUUGGCACUGCAGUUCUACGCCACGUUGGGUUUGUUGGGGAGCGUCCUGGCACUGAAGAUUAAGCAGAUCGCGACCCACUUUGGGCGCCUUGGAAUCAUGACAUUCACUCUCAACCACUUCAGUCAGUCGUUGCAUCACGCACGACAAAACAUGGCGCUUUUUGCUGCGGAGUCACUGUCAUCAUUGCCAACCCCUCCCCCACGUGGUGGUGGCUCAUUCGCCUUCUUGCUAUCGCUGCGGCAUUUAUUUCGGCUCCGUCAUUUGGUGCAGUGGGUGAAGAAACGGAAGCUGCACCGCCGAAUAAGUCUGAAGGACGUGGUCUGCAACGGCAUUCCGAUGCCUCCCACCAUGACGGUGUAUGAAAAUGAAGACGGGGAAGAAAAAGAUGCUUCCUUGCGUUCUUCGUCGUCAUCUGUCAGUUCUUCCUUGUCUUCAUCGGAAUUGGCGGCGAUGUACACGACGGACGAAGAGGCUGAGCGGGAGGCGGGGUUGGCUGAGCUGGAGGACCGUUGUUUCUCCACAGACAACACACUGCUGGACGAUGACAUCUUCAACGCUCGAAUUAUAGGGUUGCUUGACGAUAUUACACGAGUGGAGGGUAUUUUGAUGGCCCAGCGGCUGCAAGGGCAAUAG